CACAAAUUCGCGAUGGAUAAAAACAUGUGAAUAAUGCCUUACUCACAUCGCCCUAUUGCACAAGGACGACGUUCUAUUCAGAUGCUCAUUCGUAGCCGCCGCUGGCUGAUCCAUGCCGCGUCACCAUCAUCACCGUUGCCGCGCCCUUCCAUGCCAACCUUUGUCCUUCGCACCACCAUGACCUGCGACAUCACUUGAGCUCAACGCCGCUUCCUCUUUCCUCACACCUUAUCCAGAACAUACAUAUAAGCAACACGGCCUUUUUUGAAGGAGUAAUCAUGAUGACGCGAUGGUUGCGCCUUGCCUCGGUGCUACCUUCCGCACUUGCUCUCACACCCAAUGAUCAGGCUCACCACGUAAAGCAGGUAGCAAUUAUAGGUGCAGGUGCAGGUGGCUCGUCCGCUGCGUACCAUCUCGCCCAAUAUGCCGCCGAAGCAGGCAUCCCUACAAACAUCACCGUCUUUGAACGCAACGACUACGUCGGCGGCCGUACAACGACUGUGAACCCAUGGAACGACCCGACGAUAUCUGUAGAACUGGGCGGCAGCAUCUUCGUACAGAGCAAUCGAAUAAUGGUGAAAGCCAAGGAGGAAUUCAAUCUAUCUGCUGCUGGGCGAGAUCUCGCAGCGCAAAUGGAGAUGCCUGAUUUGGGCAUCUGGAAUGGACGAGAAUUCGUUGUAGUGACGAAAGCAGGUGAUACUUGGUGGGACAAGGCGAAGCUGCUGUGGAGAUAUGGCGCUGCGCCGCUUUGGACCAACAGGCUGAUGAAGAGUGCCGUGGGCAAAUUCUUUGAGAUGUAUGAUGAGCCGGUGUUCCCGUGGAAGAGCUUGAGUGCCGCUGUCGAGAGAGUGGGCUUGCUGGAAGCCACUGGAGUGACAGGGGAGCAGUACCUUAAGACAAAUGGUAUUGGGGAGGCGUUCUCCAAAGAGAUAAUUCAGGCCAGCACCCGGGUCAACUACGCCUCGAACUUGCCUUAUAUCCACGGCUUGGAGACAAUGGUUUGCAUGGCAACAAAUGGAGCAAUGCAGAUUGAGGGAGGCAACUGGCAGAUCUUUGCGCAAAUGCUGAAGGCCUCUCGCGCCAAUCUUCACCUCAACACUUCUGUCGCUCAGAUCUCGAAGCAACAGGACGGCAGCUACGAAGUUACCACAAGUACCGGUCACACAUCGGUCUUCGACGAUGUUAUCCUCGCAUCCCCUCUUCAGUAUUCGGAUCUUGUUAUCCAUCCUGCGCCACAGCACAUUCCCGAUGAGAUCCCCUAUGCGAAACUGUACACUACCCUAUUUGCGUCGCCCUUCAGACUAGACCAAGAAGCUUUCAACCUCGGGCCUGAGACGCCUGUACCGCAAUACGUCCUUACCACACUACCCCCGUCUGAGGUCCCGGUGGAUGGUGUCGGGUCGCCCAAUUUCUUCAGCAUAUCUAUAUCCGAUGCUGGUAUCAAUCCAGAGUCUUCCCCGCUUCGAUUGGAAUACAUCUACAAGAUCUUCUCACCCGCCCGUGUGAACGCCACCUUCCUCUCGCGCGUUCUUGGCCAAGAUGUCUCAAACGAGGAAGCCGAACACGGUGACGUAAAUGGCACGGUGAGCUGGAUACACCACAAACUGUGGUACUCAUACCCACGCGAAUACCCACGCGUGACAUUUGAGGAGAUCAAGCUGGACGACGGACUGUGGUAUACCAGCGGAAUCGAGAGCUUCAUCAGUACCAUGGAGACGAGUGCAUUGAGUGGGAAAAACAUUGCUAGACUGAUCAGGGAUGAGUGGGUUUCCCAGGGCGUUGAUGACAGUUAUGUAAACGCUCGGAAAGAUGGCACCGACGAAGCGCUGUAUCAACAAGAGCUAUGAGGAUUGCGUGUUCUGGAUACUAUCGCAAGCCACGUAGUUUGAACUUUAAAAGACUUGCAUGAACACCGCUACGCAAGACUGCCACCAUGACUGAUUCAGCAGUCACUUCGGCGAGGUGGCAGCACAGACGCUACGAUUCAGGCCUAUUAUAAUCAGCCCGGUACUCGGAAGAGCGGCGUUUGUCGCUUGCCCUGGAUCUGGUUAAGCUACUCUUCAGUCUAGUCAUGUUCGACAUUUUUUUGGCGCUUCCUUUGACACUGAUUCGAAAUGUUCCAGUUGGAUUGGUCCAGUCGGCUUGAGUACCGCUUUCGCAGAUUUUGGAACGCUAACAGAUCGGAGAUCUGCCAUCACAGCCACGUGAGAUUGGCGAGGGUCCAUCGUUCUUGUUUAAUUCGAGGUUGAGUACUGGCCUUGCGAUGUUCUUGUCUGAGAUUCCUUCCUUUGGUGUGCACGAAUAGUGAGAUUGUAUUGCCGUCUAUCAAGUUGAUCAUCAUGGU